CCCCACGACGACUGAUCAACGUUUUGUUCCGGCGACACGAGUGGUGGCACACCUACCGUUUUCUUCCCGUUUUCUUUGCCGUUAUUCAUCGUAGCGGCAGUGCCGGUCGCAGUUUGCAUGCCGAGCCCUGCAUCUGCAUUGUCUGCACAGCUGCAGGCUGCAUUCUUGCAUGCAUUCUCCACCUCUUCUCAGCACUUAUUAGCACUUACAGGUCGCAUGCCUAGAUCAUUCCUCCUGGGCCGUCUCGUAAACGUUCUUUCCCAGGUUCCACGGGUGUCAUCAGCACGGCCAUCAUGGGUCCUGCGUGCACCACCGCAGCACAGGCAUCGAGGCGGCUGCUGCCAAACUCAAGCACAUGGCUGCCCAUCGGAAAGACCUGCAGCGGACAGCUGGUUCAGAAACCCGUUUGCUUUCUUCAGGCUAGACCAAUGGUCGUAGCAAAGAGUGGUGGCGUCCGGGCUCCUCAGUGGCUGAAGACGCCACAAUUUUGGCAAUGUGGCGUCAGGACUGCCAUGAGGUCCAGCGGCUGGCUGGGCUCCGUGCAGGCUUCCUGUUUCUCGGCCCACUCUUAUAGCAGAGAGAACAGGUUCCCCUCUGCUAAGAAGAAGGACAAGGGAGGAGUGGAAGCGGUCACAGCUGAAGAUGAGGCAGCCGUGUCCGAACAGGCUGUGGAUGUUAUGUCAUUGAUUGACGGUGUUAGUGACGGCGAAGAGGUGGACGAAAGUUGGGAGGAAGGCAUCGCUCCACUCGACGAGGUGGACAUUCCGCUAGACGGGGAGACGGAAGAUGGCUGGGAGUACGAGGCAGAGGACGAGGGGCCGAUCGAACUUGGGGACGGGGGUGAUGGGGGCGGGAUCAGAGUGGGCUCGACAAAAUGGGGGAAGAAAGCACUGGAAUACGCAGAGCAGGUGUUAAGCUACCCGGAAUUUGCGGGCAAGUUCAGGCUGUAUGCGUUCCGGGCGUACGAUGCACUCGAGGUGGUGAAGCUGCGGCUCGACAAGCUGGAGGACAUUUACGGGUCACCCACCAUGGAGGAGAUCCAGAGCUUUGCACGGGCGUAUAACACGCAGCUGGACGAGGCGACCGAGAGGAAGGAGCUGCCCAUCAUUGAGACAGAGGUCGGGUCUCCAGGCGCGGAGCGGGUCGUCCAAGUCCCGGCAGAUCUGGAACGCUUCCAGGACCUGCCCAUGGUGGUCCGCUUCAUGGCGGAGAAAGAGAUCGAGGAGAAGAAAGAGCGGAAAGGUAGCAAAGCCAAAAGCUCCACCGAUUCACCUUCUGAUAGCCAGCCAGUACAUGAUACCCCAGGCGAAGCUUCCAAUCCCGACACAGUGCCAGAAGCCCGCUUGCGGGCGAGCCUGGUGGACCCCAGCCUUGCGUCUGUUUCGGCCGACCAGCUAGAGCCGGGGCCGUCAACGGAGCCGAAGCUGAUCGAGCAUGAGGAGGUACUGGCACUCGAGUCGUUUGACGUCGAGAGCAAGAUGACGACGUGGAAGCUGGCAGACACACGGGCCAAUCGUGCGUCCGGAAAAGGGCGGGGCCUGAACCGGAGGCAACGGGACCAAAGAUGGCACGUGCCCUUCUCUAGGCUAAAACUCGUGAGGUUGUAUCUAGAGAUCUAACCACCUCCUUUCGUAGGGAAUGUUUAGGCACGAGCUUCUUUUGGAGCCUGUGAAGCAAUGGUGAUCUGUUUAAGACGAUGCUUGAGUUUAAGGUAGAGGCGGUCUGCCCCUAAUGAAGACGUUAUCUUGCUCGUCAGCAUAUGUAGUUGCGUGCUCGCUGCAGGAAAGUUCGUAAGACGUGCGUAAGAUCCAUUUACGGUGACACGUCCAAGCAUUGGGGGGGAAAUGUUAUUGUAACAAGGAGGGGGUGCCGCCCUGGCAGAGCUUUACGCCUUCUUUGCACAUGCUCCGUGAGGCACUUCAUAGGAACACUAAGGCCGGCCGAUGGGUCGAUCGGUCGGUCAUAGACAACCAUCCGCGGCUCACUGGUCCUACUAUGCGAA